AUGGCAACAUUCGAAUCUCCAAUUCAAACGGCAGCUCUUCAGUUCAACAGACCAAACCUGAUGACCCUCCCAUCAGAACUCCAUAUCCAGAUAAGCACAUACCUCUCCUACCCAGACGCCCUGGCCUUAAAACACAGCAGUCGCCAUUUCUACUCAAUAGUCUAUACUGGCGUACAUCUGAAAGUAGACUGGCUGCUUGAGCGUUUCGAGCGCAAACUCGAAUGUCCCAUGGAGAAAUGCUCGUUCCGCACCGAUGAGUCCUUUUGCAAUGGGCGUGUUCGUCGCAUCAUGGAGCGCCGUCGUGGGCACCUUGAGUGUCGCCGGGCUAGGGGUGGCUGUGUUGUUAUUGAUGGGGAGACUUGUCGGACAGAUUUGAUGCCUGCUUGGUUUAAGAUGCAGGGGAAGAGGAGGGUUAUGAGGUUGACCGGAACUUUGGGAAAGGAAGGUUUGUCUCUUCUUGAUGCCGCUUCUCGUUCGGUUUGA